AAACUUGAACAGUAGGUCGCAAGGAACGCUGGUAAAGACCUGGUAACACAGGAGUGUCUGCAGAACAUCUGAUUUUGUGAUUCGGUGUCAGCUGCAUUUUUCGAGUGAAUUUACACGUGUCAUUCUUGAUGGCUUGAAUCAUUCAAGUCAUGGAUAAAGAUUUGCAACGAUGCCUGGAUUUAUUGAAGGAGAACGAGGACCAUGUGCGUGUCGACGCCGAAAGCGCGUUAUUAACAGUAUGUCAGAAUAUAUUAUCCCACCCGAAUGACAAGCAAUAUCGAGAAGUGUAUCUCGAUAAUCCUGUAGUAGAAAAAUUGCUGCCUGCUGCUGGAGCCAUGGAAUGCAUGUUCGACAUCGGUUUCGUGGAGGGUGCAGACUCUCUCAUCUUACCACAAGAAGCACCGAUUUCGAAAUUACAAACGCUCCAAAACUUGCUUUCCAAAAAGUCUUCUGUUAAGAGAAACACAGUCAAUAAAACGAUAGCUUAUUACUUGUUACCUGAAACAUCAGACCCUAAAGAAAAAGCUUUUCUGGCAUCGAUUAUACACCAGUUCCAAAAUGUUCUGCAAUACGAGGAUCCUAAUUUGCAAGCAAAAGCAAGGAGAGUGAUACCUGUUACGGAUCUUGAAAUUGCUACCAUGAAUAGAUUCAGAGAAUUGCAAAAACUAGUGAAAAUGAGUCAAAGAAAUCCAGGAAAAAGCACUGAGAGACGAUACAAGGAAACUGAUUUUGACGUGAGAGAUUUAUUUCUCAUGGAGCUCUCACACUGGUUUACAUACAAGUUCUUUAAGUGGGUCGACAGUCCAGUGUGUCCUGAAUGUUUGAAUAGUUGCGAAUAUCAUAAAGUCGUACCUUCCAUGGAUCCUAGGUGUUCACGAAUAGAAAUACACAGAUGCACGAAAUGCGACAAGUUGGUCAAAUUUCCUCGCUACACUGAUCCGGAACCCUUGCUAUCUUUACGACGUGGACGUUGCGGCGAAUGGGUCAACGUAUUCACGCUUUUUUGUCGAACGCUGGGCUACGACGCGAGAUUCGUAUGCGAUAAAACGGAUCACGUUUGGACAGAGGUAUGGUCGAUAAAUGAGAACAGAUGGAUUCACAUAGAUCCGUGCGAGGAUGUCAUGGAUCGUCCGUUGAUGUACGAAAAGGGUUGGAAGAAACAACUGACUUACAUAAUAGCUUAUUCAAAGGACGAAGUACGAGACGUUACUUGGCGUUACACGCGUAAUCAAUUAGCUGUAAUGAAAAGACGAAAGCUCUGUACCGAAAAGAACUUGAUGCAGCUCAUCGAGUCGCUGAAUAAGCAUCGCCAGUGUUCCCCUAAUUACAGCGCUUCUCGCAGGCAAUACGUGCGUAAACGAGAGCUCAUGGAGCUCGCGGAAUUGAUACGCGUACCUGGCGAACAGAAUUACGAUGACGGCGAAACUUAUCGAGGAAGGUCUACUGGCUCUUACUCAUGGAGAUUAGCGCGAGGGGAAAUUUCCCAGGAAAGUACGGCAAACUUUUCUUGGGACGUAUCAAAAUAUGGAGAAACGUUCCAAUUAUAUUAUUCCGUUGUUAAAGACACGUACAAGGUGACGAGUAACGAUGGUAAAAUAUUAGAAACCGUGACGGGUUGGCAAAAUGGCGUGAAUAGCGAACAAGGUGGAAUAUUCCGUAAAUUGGAAAACGAUUGGAAAAUGGUAUAUCUAGCUCGUUCUAUGGGAAGCACUCGAGGCCAUGUAAAAUGGAAUUUCGUGGUAACAAAUCCAAAUUUAUGCGUGUCCACGUUCAGUUUACGAGCUAUGGUGACAACGUUUCACGGGGCAAAUAUAUCCUGGCAAAUACAGGCAUUUUUCGAUGAUACCCCUCAAAGUAAAUCAUUAAUGCUUCCUAUUAACGAUUGUACGAAUUAUCAUACGGACCAAUUGAAGGGCUCGGUUAAAUUGAUUCUAACAGCAACAGUUUCCGGUGGCCAAGGCGAUUGCGCGUGGCAGCACGCGCAACUAUUUCGCCAAAGUUUAAACGCUGAAGAAGACGAAUCCCUGAUCGUCCACAUUCAAGUGACAAAUCGGUAGUCGUAACGGCAAUUUCAUUUCAAAUAAACCAAAGUUGGGUACAGUUCUAUCUAGAUAAACACUUAUUCGUCGCGACGUAAACAGACACUUGGCCAUUGUCCCAACGAGUGUGUCUUGUACCCUAUCCGCCCGAUACCAGGGGUCGUAAGGCUCGUGUAGGAGUUACACGAGCUACCCUGAUGUUCGAAUACCGAGUCAUCCAUGGUUUUUGUACAUAUAAGUAAGUUAAACGCAGAGUACUUAAGGGGAGAACCUGAAAAUAAAGUGGUUUUUAAGAGGUCUUUUUCUUGAACAAAAAUAAAGUAGAAGUUUGCUAAACUUAAACUUCUUCGAAAAUUCCUUUGCCAUUUGAAACAGAUGACUCAACUAGGCAGACUCAUAGGAAAACAUUCUAAACCAAGUUCCCCCCUUAAUGAAGCUCCAAUGUGUACAUAUAAAAAUACCGUGUAUGUGGUCACUCAACUCGGUACAUCUAUCCUUCUAACCUGGACACACCCGACUGAGCCUGCACGUCCACUGAAACACCACCGCCACGGAGGAGGUGAUGUUACAUUGUUAUUCUGAAAUAGACUUUGGAAUAGUAACACAUACAAAUAAAACGUUCAUUAUUCGAUAUAGGUGCCUUGUCAUAAUUUGUAUAGAUUUCAAAUUGUGUGUGAAUUCCUUGUAUACCUGCAAAAUUACAAAAACCGAAUAACGUUAUAAAAAUACAAAACAUUCCACAUUUAUUAUUUAGGAAUACGUAUAAUAUGGUAUUCAGCGCGAUAAUAUAUAUCGUGUAAGAGUUAAUAAAUUAUUAAAAAAAUGAAACAAAUUUUGUAGAACCGCUGUAAUGCUCAA